CAAGUCUGAUUGAGUAAAAGGAUAUACUUAUAAAUCAAGGCAGAAAAAGCGGAAAGGCCAAAUCAAUCAGAAGAAUACAGUACAUUACAGAUAUUAUAGGGAGAAGAACAACAAAUAAAACAGAGAGAGAAAAGCACAAAGUAGCUAACACACAAAAGAAGGCCUGCUUAUAACAAAGUCGCCGGCUUUCCUUCUCUAUUUUGCCACCUUCCUUUUUCCUACAUCUUUCUCUUCAAAUUAUUAUAUUACUCAUCUUUUUUGUUAUCAUAUAUAUCCCCCAUUCAAUUCCCCUUUCUUAUUGGAGAACUCAUUAUUUCUUAAUUUAAACAACCCCUGUUUUUUUUUCUCUUCAAGUCUUAAUUUAAUGGCGAAAACAUCAAACUCGAAUCAGAAGAAUUCUGCUACUACUUCUUCUUCUACCAAUAAAAUUGGUAACAACGUCAUUGGCAAAGCGAAACGAACACGUAAGAGUGUCCCUAGGGACUCUCCCCCACAACGUAGCUCCAUUUACAGAGGAGUCACUAGGCACCGGUGGACGGGUCGAUAUGAAGCUCAUUUAUGGGAUAAAAAUUGUUGGAACGAAUCGCAAAACAAAAAAGGAAGACAAGUUUAUUUGGGAGCGUACGAUGAUGAAGAAGCAGCUGCACAUGCAUAUGACUUGGCGGCUUUGAAGUAUUGGGGUCAAGAUACCAUCCUUAAUUUCCCUCUGUCCACUUACGAAAAAGAGCUAAAGGAAAUGGAAGGUCAAUCAAAAGAAGAAUAUAUUGGUUCUUUGAGAAGAAAAAGUAGCGGUUUUUCAAGGGGAGUAUCAAAAUAUAGAGGCGUGGCAAGACACCACCACAAUGGAAGAUGGGAGGCUCGCAUUGGAAGGGUGUUUGGUAACAAGUAUCUCUACCUUGGAACAUAUGCUACUCAAGAGGAAGCGGCAACCGCAUAUGAUAUGGCAGCUAUAGAAUACCGUGGACUGAACGCCGUUACAAACUUUGACCUUAGCCGUUACAUUAAAUGGCUGCGUCCUUCCAACCAAACUAGCAAUAAUAUUACCAUUAACAACCCUAGUAACAACACUGAACCAAACCCUAACCCUAACACUGAUGACAUUCAUCUCGUGCCUAACACCAAAGAGGAUAUGAAUUUUACCUUCCUCCACCAGCAACAACAGCAACAAAGCUCGAGCUCCGACUCAACUGUCGCGGCUCUGCCAUGUCCAGCUGGCGGAGCCGCGACCUCAUCAGCACUAGGGCUUUUGCUUCAGUCUUCAAAGUUCAAGGAAAUGCUUGAAAGAACAUCGGUGGCUGACUCCCCGCAAACCCCAGCCGAGCCAGAUAGACCACGACGGAGCUUCCCCGAUGAUAUUCAGACGUACUUUGAUUGCCAAGAGUCGAGUAGCUUCGUUGAGGAGUAUGAUGUUAUUUUUGGUGACUUGGAUUCUUUUGCAUUGCCCAUGUUUCAGUGUGAGCUUGAUAGCUAGCGAGCUUAUUUAAUUACCUUAUGGAAAGAAGUAUUAAUUAAUAACUCUGGAUGUGAGAUAUACAGAUUAUUUGUGAAUACUAUUUUAAGUUAAGGAGCGCUUUGGAGAGGCAACAUAAGCAAAAAAGGAAAAUCAAACAGAUAAUUUCCUUAAAAGGUACUAUUUUUCUUUCAAGAGGAGUGCAGAGAAGAGGGUAUAUUUUUUUUCCAGUAUUUUGUUUGAUUACUAUUAAUAUUUUUUUUCCCAAUAUUGUAUUUGGUUCAUUUGUAUGUAGAUAGAGCGAAAAACAUUCUUUGAUAAGUUAUGAGGUUUUCAAUAAUAAAAACUGUUACCAUUAGUAUGAUGUAA